AUGGCCGUUUUCGGUGGCAUUCUCAGUGGCAUAUAUAAUGCCAUAUCUGCAGCCCUCAGCUGGUUGUUCGGCGUCACACAGGCUUUGGCUCAGGCCAAGACUAAUGGAACUUCAAGCAAUACCAGCCCCUACACCCAGUCUCCGACCACCGGAAUCAUCCGCUCGUACGACUUCACCAUCAGUCGAGGCGUGAUCGCCCCUGAUGGGUACCAGAGGGAUGUGAUGCUCGUGAACGGUGCCUUUCCUGGGCCGACCAUCGAGGCAAACUGGGGUGAUACGAUCCAGGUCACACUGCACAACAACAUCACUGGCCCCGAGGAGGGAACUGCUCUCCACUGGCAUGGCUUCUUGCAGACCGGAACACCUUGGGAAGAUGGUGUGCCUGGCGUCACCCAGUGUCCAGUCGCGUCAGGCAAGAGCUAUACCUACUCGUUCAAGGCCGAGCUGUAUGGAACCUCGUGGUACCAUUCUCAUUACUCGUCGCAAUAUUCUGGCGGCGCCCUUGGACCAAUUGUCAUCUACGGGCCCACAAACAAGGCCUACGAUAUCGAUGUCGGCCCAGUGAUGCUCUCUGAUUGGUACCACAAAGACUACAACACCCUUGUGGAGGAGACGCUGAGUCCUGGCACCGCUCCAGUGCACUCAGACAACAACCUCAUCAACGGCAAGAUGAACUUUGACUGCUCUACCGUCACGGCCGGCGACAAGACGCCCUGUACAAAUAACGCAGGCAUCUCCAAGUUUAAGCUCACCUAUGGCAAGACGCAUCGCCUGCGGCUCAUCAACAGCGGCUCUGAGGGCGUGCAGCGGUUCUCGAUUGACGGCCAUACACUCACCGUGAUUGCCAACGACUAUGUUGAGGUGCAACCUUACACGACCCAGGUCGUUACGCUGGGCAUCGGACAACGCACCGACGUGCUGGUGACGGCGAACGUGGGCAGCCCAACGUCGGCGUUCUGGAUGCGCAGUAAUAUCACCAGCUGUUCGAUCGCGAACCAGCCGUACGCUGUCGCCGCGGUAUACUACUCGUCAGCAGACACGAACAAGGCGCCAACCAGCACCGCUUGGAAUGUGCCCGACCCAGGAACGUGUGCCAACGAUGACCUGAGCAAGACGGUGCCCAUGUACGCGAUGCCGGCCCCGACACCAAGCUACACGCACACGUACAACAUCACGUUAUUUCAAAACGGGUCCGGCGUCACGCUGUGGGAUCUUGAUGGAGAAAGCGCACGGGUGGACUAUAAUUCGCCUACGCUUCUGUCGGCCAACACAGGCAACCUGGUGUUUGAUGCCGAGGCGAACCUGAGGAACCUGAAUACAAACUCCAGCGUGCGGAUGAUUGUGAACAACACCUCGCCAGCCGCACACCCAAUGCAUCUCCAUGGAUUCAACAUGUACGUCCUGGCAGAAGGAACAGGCUCCUGGGAUGGGAAAAUCGUGAACCCCAAGAACCCCCAGCGCCGCGAUGUACAGCAGGUCCGGGCCAACGGCUACAUCGUCCUGCAGUUCGACACCGUAAACCCGGGCGUGUGGCCUUUCCACUGCCACAUCUCGUGGCACGCAAGCGCGGGCCUCUUUAUGCAGUUCAUUGUGCAGCCCGCCGCCGUCAAGGCCUUCCAGAUCCCGAUGAAGGUCGCGAAUACGUGCACGGACUGGGCCGCGUACACGAGCGUGGACGUUGUGGACCAGAUUGACAGUGGUGUUUGA